GAAAAGGAGAGAAGUAGUAGAAGACCUCAAAUGGAACUUAAUAGCACUGGAAGGAAAAUACACGUCUAUGGCAAACAGGGGAACUUCUCCAAUCUUGUGUUCUCUAGAAACAUGAAGUGGGUGAGGCACUACCAAACUCAUAGACUCUACACAGGUGCAAAACACUUCCAAAGAAUGGAGAGCUGAUGCCUUCCUUCUCACAGAAGUCCAGCUCACCCAUGUGUGAUCUCUUAUGCAGAGGUCUCAGAACAUAGGCAGCAAACCUGACUUCCAGAUGUCAGAGGAAGAAGCUUCUAUUCCAGAUGUUAAAAGAUCUGAAAAAAGGAAACUGGUGAAACACAGCACUCCAGUAGACUCAGUGUUCUCAAGAAACACCCUAUCUCUUUCAGGUCCAAUCAAUUGGUCAGUCAAGGACCAAGAUUUCAGUAAGAGAGCUUAUGUAUCCCCAGUGCCAAAAUCAACUCUGGGAAGAUCAGUAGCUCAACUAUCACUAGCAAGUGUUGAAGCAUACUUCCCUCAUACAUCUCCAAAAAGGUUUUCAGCAGUAUUUGACUUGCAAGAUUCCAGCAGAGAGAUAAGCCAUAGUUCUCAAGCUGUGUAUUCUAGAAAACGACUUUCCACAGUAUUGGCAUCUGAUGAAUCAAAUGAAGAGGCAAGUGAAAAUGUUGUCUCAAGUGUGGAGACUCAGACUCCCACAAAAGCAUCUGAGAAGUUAGCAGUAAUUCCCAAGAGUGGAUCUUCAUGGAUGGUUUCUGGAAUACCAGGAAUAAAAGAUCCUCCAAUGCUGAAAAAGAAGAAAACUGAUAAAGCUAUCGUGAGAAAGAAACAGAGAGAAUGGGUGCUUCGCCAACUGAAAAACAUUGAGGAAGCAACUAAACAUGAAUUAACAAUUGAAGAAGUUUGAUCAAACUAAUUUUGAAAGUAAUGAUGUUUCAUGCUUAUUUUGUGAAUAGCAGAUUCCAAUAAAAUGCAGAUCUGACUAAUCUGCAACACUUGUUGGUCUUCCUGUUAAGUCUAAGAUAUGUCAGCAACUGCUUCUAUGUGAAAGACAACAUUAAUCUGCAAUAGCUAAAUGCCUGGAAUAAAGGAAGGGAGAUGGUUAAGUAAAAAUCAUUCUUCAUUCUGCCACAGCUGUCACUUAUCACAAGUGUUUGUAUAGCAUUCAAAUCUUCCAGGGUUGCUGAUGUUCUUGAAGUGACAAAGUCCUAGUGGCCACAUGAAUGUAAUCCUGGUUUGUCAGUGGAGAGUCUCCUCAUCUAGAGAGUAAUAAAAACAUGCAAUAGAAAUGUUUUUACUGUUAGCUGGGGAGAUGAGGAAAUAGUGAGAGGCACCAGGUUGGGAGUCCAAUCUUUAGAGAUUACUAUCCGAUUUGAAGAUUUGGUUCUGCGUUUGCUCUGGCCUUUAUUUUAAAUGUGCUACACAGUCACCAAGUGAAGCAGUAACUAUCUCAGAUGUGCUUUGAAAGUAUGAUGAUUUUUUUUUUUGUCCCUUUCUAAAGAUGCUGGAGUAGAUUGACAUUUUAGCUCAAAGCAGCUGUCUGUGAAGCACUUCUCAGAGUAAUCCCAGAAGUAUAAUAUUUGUGUUAGUUCCUGCUGCUGCAUGUAAUGUAAUCUUUAGGCAGGUCACCUCUAAGUUUUCAGUAGGGCAUCAGUGACAGGGACCCACAAUAGAUUUACCACUCAUCCCUGUUCUGAUGUGGUUCUAGUACAGGUGCUUAUGUGACUGUAUUAGUUCUGAAGCCAGCAAUCUGUUUUUCCCUACUACUGAACUGCUCCAACCGGGAGAGAUUCUGUUCAAAUUAAGUUGCAAGCUAUAGACAGAGGCAAGAGAAACCAUUCCUUUCCUUUUCACUCACUGAAACUUGUCUCCUGUCCUAAACUACAGACAAGUAGAAGCAUGGUCUCUGCCAACCAAUUGUAGCUGUGUUAUGCACAAAAAUACAAGAGCAGAGUUGUGGUUUUAUGGC